GGAUAGAGAGCCGAUGUCAUCAUUAGGAAGCAUGUUGUAAUUUGUAUGGAUGCGAGAAAGAUCGCCAUGAGCAGGACGGAUAUUUAGGAUUGUUCCAUAUACAGCAAGAACGACUUUUAUAAUUCUACCGCAAGACUUUCCUAUACACAACUCACACGAAUCAAGAUAUUCUCCUAAAUAUCUUUUCUCCUCAACAUCUUUUCUCCUCUGCGUAUAACUUCAUAUCCCAAGAGAUUGAAUCGACCAUCACCAUGUCACAAGCCAAACCACCCCGCCCACCAGCGCCGUCAACGAAGAUCGAACUCUUCUCCCCCACCUACUUCGCCGCAUGCACAGUAGGAGGCAUCAUCGCAUGCGGCCCAACCCACACCGCGGUCACCCCUCUCGACGUCGUCAAAACCCGCCGCCAAGUCGACUCCUCCCUCUACAAAUCCAACCUCCAAGGUUGGCGCACGAUCUACCGCGGCGAAGGCCUCCGCGGCGUCUUCACCGGCUGGUCGCCCACGCUCGUCGGGUACUCGUUCCAAGGUGCCGGAAAAUACGGGUUCUACGAGCUGUUCAAAUACACGUACGGCGAGCGAUGGUUUCCGGGGGCGAAUAAGACCGUGGUGUACCUCGCUGCAUCGGCAUCCGCGGAGGCGCUGGCGGAUUUGGCGCUGUGUCCGUUAGAGAUGGUGAAGGUGAGGAUGCAGACGACGAUUCCGCCGUUCGCGAGGAAUAUGCGGGAGGGGAUGGGGAGGGUGAUGCGGGAGGAGGGGGUGAGCGGGUUUUAUAAGGGGUUGUAUCCGCUCUGGGGUCGGCAGAUACCGUAUACGAUGGUCAAAUUCGCGACCUUCGAGAAGGCGGUGGAACGGAUCUAUAAGUUCCUCGGGAAGCCGAAGGAGUCGUUCAAUAGCCUCCAGCAGACGGGGGUCUCGUUCGCUGGCGGAUAUAUUGCUGGUAUUGGAUGCGCAGCCGUGUCGCAUCCGGCUGAUGUGAUGGUAUCGAAGUUGAACUCCGACAGAAAAGCCGGCGAAGGCGCAGUCCAGGCCGUUUCAAGGAUCUACAAGAACAUAGGAUUCCCAGGCUUGUGGAACGGACUCCCGGUCCGAAUCGUCAUGAUCGGAACUCUGACCGCCUUCCAAUGGCUGAUAUAUGACUCGUUCAAAGUAUAUCUAGGGCUUCCGACAACGGGAGGACACUGAGACCCUGAAGAAGGGUGGUAAUUAAAGGUCUUUUUGAACCCCAUUAUAAUUGGGGGUUAGUUGUCAUCGUUCUUGAAGUGUUCGCAUCAUUUGGUAGGGCGUGGCAAGGUGCUUCGGUGUUCGCGAGGGAUAUGUACUCUGUAUCGGGACUUUAGAUCAGAUAUAAAUCAAGUGCUGGAAUAUUAGCAAUAACGGCUGGAAU